CGAGCAGCGCCGUUCACCUACACAUGCGUUCAUGCGUAUACAAAUGGAGAACUCAAUUCAUCAAGGUCAACGUCAACGUCGACUUGAAACAAGGCUGACCCCGCGACCCGCGGAUCGUAGAUCGCGCCUCUUCCUCACGACGAGAACGAGCGAGAGCUCGAGAGAUCGGGAGACCGUGCCUGAGGCUGAGGGCCGAGGGGUUAUUCAUUAUUUCAUUCCACGUCGAUCCCUCGAUACCCCCCCCCCCCGUGGUGCGGUAUGUACAUACGUAUACGUCGUGGAGCACCCGCGGUAACGUAACGGGUAACGGUGCCAGUUCAUGCCAGUUCUCAGAUUCCGACGGCGGGCGGACGUGGGCGGACGCGUGAAUUAUGAUGGGAGCGUGAAAACGUGCGCCUCGACCGCGUGAAAGAAAGAGAGAAAAAAAAAAAAAGAAUCUGCGUCGAUAAAUGAGCGUGUCCCCGAGGCUACUGCUAACGACCACCGUUUCUCUGCUGAAUGUAGCAUGUAACGCGCGGGCGGCAACGUUCCCGCAAUCUCGAAAGAUCUUUCGUACGCUGGAGUCGACCUGGCAACGAUCGCUCCUGGAAAAUCUAUGCAAGAGCCCUAUCUGGAAAGCUCUAGUUUCUAACUACCUGGCGCUCUCACCUGGAGCUGUCUCUAUGGAUAAUCCUACGUCCCACCAGAAGUGUACAAAAGUCAAGAUGGAACCUUACCUUGACACGUGCUACAGCCAGAACAAUACCGCCGCGAUGUGCGAUAUACCGUUUCACACGGCAACGAAUACCUUAAUCUAUUGUCAGACCGGGGCGUUCUCAGACGCGACGCACAGUGUUAGGACCAACGUAUGCGCGGACGCCAAGUAUGGAAAUUACAUGGACAAACAGAGAUACAGGGCUAUAAGAAAAUGGAAGCGAGUGGAGAAAGACAGAUCGUCCAAUAAUACGGAAGAUUAUUUCAUAUUGAAACUCUUGUCCUUUAAUAUCCUGGCACAAAACCUGUUGGAAGAUCACUCGUAUCUGUACAUGGGUCACAACAAGAAAGCUCUGAAUUGGAAAACACGAAAACCCCUUGUAAUACAAGAGAUAUUCGAGGCGGAGGCAAAUGUAAUAUGCCUUCAGGAAGUGCUGGAGGAACAUCUGCUGGAGUUUGUGGCUCCGUUCAAACAACACGGAUACGAGUAUCUGUAUAAAAAGAGAACCAACGACAAGAGGGACGGCCUGCUCUUGUUGUAUCGCUCUAAUGAAUUCGUUUUGUUAGAUUACGCGAAGGUGGAGUUGUAUCAAUCCGGCGUCGAGCUCCUGAAUAGAGACAACGUCGGAAUAAUAGCUAAAUUGGCACUCAAAGAUAAUCCGGAAACGCAGGUCGUGGUUGCCACUACUCACUUGUUAUAUAAUCCGAGGCGCAACGACGUACGAUUGGCGCAGAUACAGCUUUUGUUAGCGGAAAUAGAGCGGAUCGCAUUCAUCGAGAACACGAUGGGGGGCCCGAAGUACUUACCGAUCAUCCUGGCGGGCGACUUCAACUUGGAGCCGUUCACCGGCGUUUACAAGUUCCUAACGGAGGGUUCGUUCGAGUAUUGUGGCAAGGGACGAAGUUUAGAGCCGUCGGAAUAUCGCUCGCUGUCCAACUCUCUGAUACCACCGCGAUUAUGUGUCACCGACAACUGUCAGCACUUUAAUGUCCUGACUCAAAGACUGCGAAAGGAGGGUACCGGUAAAGUCAUGUUGGAAAAUAGCGAAUCGCAUCGUCAGAGACGAGACGAGAACGUGCCAACGCCUUGUAAUAUAAAUGUGCUGCAACAAAGUGCCAACAGUGAUACCGGCCGCGCGCAAGUCAUCGAGAUUGCGCAGGGUCAUUCCGCGAGAUUCUCGUCCGGCACCCUAACGCAUCCCUUUAACAUGCGCAGCGUUUAUACGCACAUGGGUGCUCAUGGUGAGAAAGAAGCAACGACACAUCAGAACGAAUGGAUCACCGUGGAUUACAUAUUCUACAGCAACAUUAAACCUUUGGAGAAAUACGCUCUACCUACAGUAAGCCAAUGCGCCGCGUUACGCAGAAUACCAAAUUUUAUUGUAGGUAGCGAUCAUUUGUCUCUAGGUGCCACCUUUCAGUUACCGAAAAAGAAAUCUCUACUUUAAAGUUAGGUAGCGUCUCAUACAUAUCGUUUUCUCAAUAUAAUAACUCUCAAACAUCACACAUAGGUUACGCUAACUCAGUCCGUUCGAAACGUGCGGCAUUUCUAAACAGUAAGUUCUUUUUUUUCCCAAAAUAUCUCGAGUACCAGAAGUUUCAUGACAUUUUUAUUUAUAUUUUUUAAGAGUGGAUAUUCUUUUUUCUUAUUGUUUGGUGUACUGAUAAAAAAAAUUCAGUUGGUGCAUUAGCUCACGAGACACAAACAAAAAAAACUCAAAAAACUCUGAGUUACGCUGAUCCAGUGUGGUAUUAACGGGUGGCCCAGGAAGUGUGGUGUUUGAGAGUUUGAGAGUGAUGUUUAAAAAGAGAUGUAUCAAGAACUUUUAUUAUUGAUACUGUUUAUGUUGUAUCAAUCAUAAAAUGUAUCAAUAAUUUAUAUUAUUGAUAUCAUUUAUUUAUGUGUUGCUAAGACCGAAAGAUAGCACCUACACCUAUAAAGCAGGCAAGAUUGCAAGGUGCAUUUUGAUUUAUGAAAGUUACAAAUUUACUGUAAUAUAUAUUUCUUGCGUAACGUCCAGAAAAAGAUUAUAGAGAAGUAUAAUUUUUUUUAGUCUUUGUCUUUAAUUUUUGAAUUAUUUUCGUCAACGACAGGUAAUAAAUAAUUAUUUUAAAUUUUACCUUUUUCUGAUGAUAACUAAAUGAUAAGUAUUUUAUGUUAUUGGUCAUCAAGAUUUGUUUAAAAGAUUUUUUGAAGAAAUCUAUAAAUAUUGUGUCGAAAAUAUAGACCUAAAAAGUGUCGCCGCGUAUUUUAUGUAAAGAAACUGUAUAUCACAUAUAUAGAACUGUGAUGUAGCAACUAUCGUAUAAGAACUAUUGACGCAUAAAAAGAUAAAUAAAAUAAACAACUGCGAGUCUAUGAAACUAUAUAAUAGCAAAUGUAAAAUAUACUGUACAAAUUUUAUAUACGAUAAUAAA